AUGAGGCAACAUCACACCGUUUUAGUCUCGCUCCUCCUCUUGUCGACGCUACUAGUCGCGUCCAUCGAGGCGAAAAAGGUGCUGGUGUUGGAGAACGACGUCGAGGGAGUACAAAACAUAACGAUUCAUUGUCGGUCAAAGGAGGAAGAUCUUGGUGUGCAUGUGCUGGAGCCGCACCAAAGUUUCCAAAGGGAGUUACCAAAUUCGUUGUUCAUACCCAAUUUGUACUAUUGUCGUUUCGAUUGGGGAGGAGAUGCUCAUUGGCUUGAUUUGAAUGACUACAGAUACGAAUGCCCAAUCUGUACUAAUGUCGUAUUCGGAGGAUGCGUGAUAUGCCGAUGGAGUAUCAAGAGAAAUGGGCCGUGUUUGGCGACUAAUAGUAAGGGUUCUCAAAGAUGUUACAGUUGGCAUAAAUAA